GCGCGCCUCAGCGCCCUGAACCGUCUGUGGCGUCUUUCAAUUUUUGCCGGCUACGUCAUUGUGCGCCGGUGACGUAGAUGCUAGGCGCCGGCCGAGCUGUGAACCGCAAAGAGUUGGCUGCGUCGUUGCGUUUUGUCAGGUGCAACCGCUGGCUACCACAUAACAUGCAGUGCUGAACCCAUGGGAAUUUUACAACUUUAUAAUGUCAAAGGCAUCUUACAGAAGAAAAGUAACUUCUGCUAAGAUCACUGACUGGGUAGAACCAUCCUUUCAAGAUUUCUUUGGCUCCUCAGACAAAGUCACAUCUCACUCUUUCGGAGCAAGUGAAAGAGGGAACAAGAAAGAUGAGUCAACGUUAGAGAACCCAUCUCAGAGCAAAAAAAGAGCAAACCCGUUCUCUGCCAAUCACUUUAAUGAUGGCAUCAAAGCGACAUCAGCCCAGUCUCACAAUGACCCAUGGAUUGAUAGGUACAGACCAAAUGUUCAGGCAGACCUUGCAGUACAUAAGAAGAAAGUGGAGGAGGUUGAAACCUGGCUAAGAGCUCAUGCUGACAAAAAGCAGGGUGGGUCUAUUUUGUUGCUGACUGGCCCCCCUGGUUGUGGGAAAACUGCAACCAUCCUUGUGCUUGCCAAAGAAAUGGGGAUUCAAGUCCAGGAAUGGAUUAACCCUUUAAUGCAAGAAUAUAAGCCUGAUGAGCCGCCACAGAUUUUUGACCGAGAAAUGGGCUUCCAGCUCUUCACCAGUCAGUCUCAGUCCGCUCUUUUUCAGGACUUUCUUUUAAGGGCAAACAAAUACAACAAACUUCAGAUGCUCGGAGAGUCUCCUUCUACUGACAGAAAACUUAUUAUUGUUGAUGAUAUGCCCAACCAAUUUUAUAGGGACCCUGCAAGUCUACAUGAUAUUGUCAGGAGAUUUGUAAAGAAUGGUCGCUGCCCCCUAGUAUUUAUAAUAUCUGACAGUAUGAGCGGUGACAGCCAUCAAAGACGACUCUUCCCAAAAGAAAUCCAGGAUGAGUUACAUGUUUGCAAUAUCAGUUUCAAUCCCGUUGCUCCAACCAGUAUGAUGAAAGUGCUGAACAGGAUUGCAGCUACAGAGGCAGCUACGAGCGGAGGGAAGUUGGCUAUUCCUGAUAAGGAAACUCUGGAGUUGUUGUGCUCAGGAUGUUCAGGGGAUAUUAGAAGUGCCAUCAAUUGCCUCCAGUUCUCAGCACUUAAAGAUUCUUCCCAGCCAAGUGGUUCAGGGUCUAGAAAGAAAGGAAAAGUUACAAAGGUGUCUAAAUCGUCAUCCAAAUCAAAGAGUAAAAAAAAAUCUGAUAAAGCAGAUGAAAUGCUAGCCAUUGGAGGCAAAGAUGCUCCACUUUUCUUGUUCCGAGCACUAGGGAAAAUACUGCAUUGUAAAAGGGAGGCCCCAGAAGCGGAUCUGGACUGCCAUAAAUUGCCAGCACAUUUAUCACAUCAUGACAGAGACCUGCUGCUUGUCCUCCCAGAGGCCGUAGUAGAAAAGUCUCAUAUGCGAAGUGAAUUAUUCAAUUUAUAUAUUCACCAAAACUAUUUAGAUUUCUACUGUGAUAUUGAUGAUGUUGUAAGAGCCAGCGAGUACCUCAGUGCGGCCGAUGUUCUCACCGGUGACUGGAAUUUCAGAUCCACGCUGAAUGUGUACGGUUCUUCGGUGGCGAGCAGAGGGGUCAUACAUUGUAACAGUUCGAGGGCUUUUGCUAGUUGUCAAUCAGGAGUUGGAUUCCGACCUCUACACAAGCCACAAUGGUUUCAUGUAAAUAAAAAGUAUCAGGAAAAUACACUGGCUGCAAGAGAACUGUUCUCAAGUUUUUGUUCCUCACCUUUGUGCCUUCAGACCCAGGUGGUUCCAUAUCUGGCAAAGCUCACUAAUCCCUUAAGAAACCAAGCACAAAUUGCAUUUAUCCAGGAUGUUGGCAGGUUCCCCCUGAAGAGUCACUUUGGAAGGAUAAGGCUAGAAGCCCUUACUGACAAGGACACUGGAGUACCAGAUGCAGACAGUGGUGAUGAAGAGGACACUGCUUCUGGGCAAAUAAAAAAAGGAGCCAAGACUCAGGAAGGAUCCAGUGGUUCAGUACUACUUUCCAGCCAAGGAGGAGAAACUGAUCUUCCAACCAGUCAACCUCAACCUGUUACAGCUCAGGCCAUAAUGGAGGAUGAAGAGCUAAGGAUAGAGGAAUUUGACAGUGACUGAUAAAUGCCAUGUAUAGAAUUUACAUUUGGCUGCUACCUUGGGUAUCUGUCUGAACUUAUUCAAAGAAGUAUUUUCAUGUAAAUAAUCUAUCCAGCUAUUUAUGUUAUAGCUUUCAAAAAUGGAUAACUAUUACACAAGAAAAUCCACCAGACACCUAUAUAUAUUGUGCCUUCUCACACCUGUACACACUUGGAAUAACCUGCAGUCCUCAAGCCAGCCUGCCUAGAAUGUGAAACAUAGUCUAAAAUGUACAUUUCUGUGCUAUUUAUGUAAGUAAAAUGUUUUUGAUUUUCCCAAUGUGUUUUUU